AUGAAGGUUGUGCGGGUACUUGAGGGCCCUAUUUGCAAUCGAUGUCGACAAGAGAAAAAUGAACAUCGAUUUUCAGCAUCAAACAAUAUGGAUCCUGGUCCACAACCAUUAGAACUUGCAAAUUUAACACAAAUAGAAGAAAUGUUGAUAGCACGUGUCAACCCAAUUCUUCAAGUAACACAUGCAAUUGGGGGUCAAUACAAAUAUAAAGGACAUACCAUAUGUUUUCCACAAGAAGUGAGAGAAAUAGCUAGAAUUUUACCACAUCAGAUAAAAGAUUUGCCAAUCAUCAUUGUUCGAAAAAAAGAUCAGCGUGGAACAAAUUAUAAUUUUACAGUUAAUAAAGAGAGGGUAUAUAGAGCACUUAAAUAUAAAAUAAAACAUGAUAAGUUCUAUAGAGAUGUUCAAAUUGAUGAAAAUGCACUUAAUGACCUUAUAUGUAAUUUAGAUGAGAACAUUUUUGAUCAAUUGAAUUCUGUUCAUAUGGAGUUUGAUUCAGACACAAAUGAAUAUGUAUUUGUGGGUCCAAUAUUAGAGAUGGAUGAAGAAAACAUUAUUAAUCACACUACAUCAAUGGCCUCUAAACCUCCAAAUGCUCAAAGAGAAAUGGAACUAAUUCAUGUAUGGGUAAAUAAUCCUAAUGUAGAUCCUAGAUCACUAAUUGAUUGGCCAGGAAUUGGAGCAUCUCCAAUAAAUGAGUAUGUCACUGAAGGAUUACUUGAUAUGGCUUUUCCAACACUAUUCCCAGAUGGACAGUGUGAUUGGAUAGAACCACAAAUAAGGAGAGUCCAUCUACAUGAGUUUGUUAAGCAUUUACUUCGAUAUAGAGAUCAUCGUUUUGGCCGACACCCAAGAUUUAGAUAUUAUAUGAUGAAUAUGAUCAUGCGACAUCAUGCACAAAACUCAUCUGCAGUGUUUGUCAAAAAGAGCUUGCAAGAGAUGCCAAUCACAAUCAAUGAGUUACGAGAACAUAUGGAAAAUAUCCCACACUCACAUCUAGUUGAUCGUUUGAUGCGUUUUGGCACAACACUAAGGGGUACAAGGUCUUAUUGGGCAAAAUGUCGAGCUGAAUUAUUUGACCUCUUGCAUCAAAUUGGUACACCAACAAUUUUCUUUACUUUGAGUGCAGCAGAUAUGUACUAG